CGCUGCACCCGGAAAUAGAUCACUUACAGUAAAAUACGAACUUAAUCCAAAGUCAGAAAAAACGCCAAUAACAACAGAAACAGAGCCCCAGGGUGAGGUUCCUGUUUCCGACAUUUCUGGUGUGGUUUUAAAAACAUUUUAAGGCGUAAGUUGUGUUUUUUCUUGUGUUAAACAAACGGUCGUUUUGUCUUCACCAACACCUGGUUUAGCAGAAACGAGGAGGUAAAAGUGUCACUGGUGGACGGGACAUGGUGACAGCCGGACUGAGGAGGUUCUGAAAGUUGCUCCAGCUGCAGCAGUUAGUCCGACCUAAGGAGCAUCAUGGCGAUGUGGAUUCAGGCCCAGCAGCUUCAGGGCGAGGCGUUGCAUCAGAUGCAGGCGCUGUACGGCCAGCACUUCCCCAUAGAGGUGCGACACUACCUGGCACAGUGGAUAGAAAGCCAGUCCUGGGAUUCAGUGGAGUUGGAAAACCCAUCAGAUGAAGCCAAAGCCAAACGUCUGCUGGACAGCCUGGUGGCUGAGCUGCAGAAGAAAGCACAGCUUCAGGGAGGGGAGGAUGGUUUUCUGCUCAAGAUCAAGCUGGGCCACUACGCCAGCCAGCUCAAGAGCACAUAUGACCGCUGUCCAUUUGAAUUGGUGCGCUGCAUCAAACACAUCCUGCAGUCGGAACAGAGGCUCGUUCAGGAAGCUACAAAUACCAGCAGUGGGGGUGGGGGGCAGGCCAUGGACACCCUCUCACAGCGCCAUCAGCAGAUCAACCAGGCCUUCGAGGAACUCCGUGUGUCCACACAGGAAACUGAGAAUGAGCUGAGGAAGCUACAGCACAGCCAGGAGUACUUCAUCAUCCAGUACCAGGAGAAUCUGCGCAUCCAGGCCCAGCUGAGCAGUCUGUCCUCGCUGCCGGCGGCGGAGCGCACCCAGCGGGAGACCACUCUGCAGAGCAAAAGAACCACGGUGGAGGCCUUGCUGACCAGAGAGGCCAACACGCUGCAGAAAUACAGGCUUGACCUGUCUGAGCAGCACCAGAAGACCCUGGCCCUGCUGAGGAAGCAGCAGACUCUCAUCCUGGAUGAGGAGCUCAUUCAGUGGAAGAGGAGGCAGCAGCUGGCUGGAAACGGAGGUCCACAUGAGGGGGGGCUGGAUGUCCUGCAGUCCUGGUGUGAGAAGCUGGCCGACCUGAUCUGGCAGAACCGGCAGCAGAUUCGACGCUGUGAACAUCUGACCCAGCAGCUUGCUCUGCCCGGUCCAAUGGAGGAGCUGCUGAACAAGCUUAAUGCUGACAUCACAGACAUCAUCUCCGCCCUGGUGACCAGCACCUUCAUCAUCGAGAAGCAGCCUCCCCAGGUGUUAAAAACCCAGACCAAGUUUGCAGCCACAGUCCGGCUUCUGGUGGGCGGAAAGCUUAACGUGCACAUGAACCCGCCGCAGGUCAAGGCCGUCAUCGUUAGCGAGCAGCAGGCCAAAGCUCUGCUGAAGAACGAAAGCACACACAGUGAAAGCAGUGGGGAGAUCCUCAACAACAACUGUGUGAUGGAGUACCAUCAGGCCACCAGUACCCUCAGUGCACACUUCAGAAACAUGUCACUGAAGAGAAUCAAGCGCUCGGACCGCCGAGGAGCAGAGUUCGUGACGGAGGAGAAGUUCACCAUCCUGUUUGAGUCUCAGUUCAGUGUUGGGGGCAACGAGCUGGUUUUCCAUGUUAAGACCCUGUCCCUGCCUGUGGUGGUGAUCGUCCACGGCAGUCAGGACAAUAACGCCACCGCUACUGUCCUCUGGGACAACGCUUUUGCUGAGCCGGGCAGAGUCCCAUUCACCGUCCCAGACAAAGUUCUGUGGCCUCAGCUCUGUGACGCCCUGGAUAUGAAGCACAAGGCAGAGAUGCACAGUGGGCGGGGCCUGACGGAGGACAACCUGGUCUUCCUGGCUCAGAAGGCUUUUACCAGCAGCAGCAACAACCCUGAGGACUACCACAACAUGACCAUGUCCUGGGCCCAGUUCAACCGGGAGAGCUUGCCUGGACGCAGCUUCACCUUUUGGCAGUGGUUUGAUGGAGUCGUGGAGCUCAUGAAGAAACACCUAAAGCCUCACUGGAAUGAUGGGGCCAUUCUUGGUUUUGUGAACAAGCAGCAGGCUCAGGACCUCCUCCUUUCCAAACCCAACGGGACCUUCCUUCUGAGAUUCAGUGACUCUGAGAUUGGUGGCAUCACCAUCGCCUGGGUGGCUGAAAAUCCCAACAAACAAGGUGAGAGGCUGGUCUGGAACCUGUUGCCGUACACAACGAAGGACUUCUCUAUCCGCUCUCUGGCUGACCGCAUCAGUGACCUGAAUCACCUCCUGUUCCUGUAUCCCGACCGGCCUAAAGACGAGGUCUUCGCCAAGUACUACACCCCCCCACUCUCCAAAGCAGUGGAUGGAUAUGUGAAGCCAGAGAUCAAACAAGUUGUUCCAGAGUUCACCACCCCAAAUCCGGAACCCAGUGGGGGAGCUCCUACCUUCAUGGACCAAACACCUUCUCCUUCUGUGAGCCACUCCAACAACUUCACCGUCUACCCGUCAAUAGGUGACAGCAUGUUGGACCCAGACGGGGACUUUGACCUGGGGGACUCCAUGGACGUGGCCCGUCAUGUGGAGGAGCUACUUCGCAGGCCCAUGGCCAACCAGUGGAACAGCCAGCAGUCCUGAAGCCGCUGCAUACAUCAAAGAACUAGGCCUGAACCAGGCCAGGUCCGGCAGAUCUACUGACCUUGUACCAGGCCAGGUCCAGCAGAUCCGCCGGACCUGGACCUUGCCAGGUCUAACAGAUCUACUGGCCCUGAAUCAGACCAGGUCCAGCAGAUCCAUCUAAUCACCUGCUCUGGUAACAAGUCAUAACCCUUCCUCAGAGUCAUGGUUCCUGUAUGGUUCCUCAGUUGCUGCAGAUCCAGGAGCUCACUGGUGGGUUUUAUGGGUUCUCAAGGUCUUGCUGACAGAGAGGAGGGGACGAUGUACAGAAAAUGGACCAGGAAUGGACUGUGGUACUGGUUCCAGUUCAGUUUUAUUUUAAUUGUAGUGUCACAUGUUUCGGAUGAAACUACCAGGAAGUCUUUACUCAAUUCGUCACAGUUUACUGUGUUUGUUAAUGCAACACUCACCUUCUCCAGCUGAUGAUGAUGAUGAUGAAAACACCCUGAAACGAGUCACCAUCAUCACAUCAUCAUCAUCAACAUGACAAAUCCAGGAUUUAGUCCCUUCAGUUCUAGAUGCUCAGACUGGUAGAAAGAUGUAACCAUGGUAACCAUGCUCCAGUUUCAGAUUAGUAGAAAUACGUCAAUGAGGUUUUACUCUUUUUUAAUGUCAGUGUUUUCUAUUUGAUAAAAGCUAAAUCUGUUAGAAAAAGACUAGAUGACUAUUAUUAAAGCAGCAGUCCGUCCACUCAGAUACCCCUCCCCCCCAACAGAACUGGACCUGCAGGUACUCUUCAGCAUCAACCAGCAGACCUCAGUAAGUCCCGAUCAGACGUUCCCACACUUCCGGUUCGGCAGUUUCUCCUGGGUUUUCUGGAGCUUGCUCGGCUGCAGUAAGAACGUGUGGGAAUUGAAAUGGAUCAGAACCAGGACAAAGAACCAAGCAGCUGAACUUGAAAGAUGACUUUAAACCUUUAAAGUGAAGCUUUAAAGCCUCUAUCUAUGAAUCAACACCUGCCAAUAGAUUUCCUGUUAAAAUAGACCCAGUAAGUGUCAGUGGCCACUAAUGAAGAAAAAGAGGUGUUUCCUACUUCACCAGUCCUAAAUGGAGGGCUUCACGGGCCACUGUGGUGCCCAGCUCAGAGAACCAGACUGGGACAGAACGUCUGACUUCCCUUCAGCUUUCUGCCCAGCUAAAGCACUGUCUUCAGCCAGUCCGCCUGGGCUGCCGGGAGAACUUUCAGAGGAAGGUUAUCUGACACAGAAAGACAUGGGCAGAAGGAAAACUCUGAUUUCAGGAUGAAUUUAAUGUUUUCAUUCACCUCAAACCAAAAUGCUUCUACAACUGGGUACGACCAAAUCUCUCCCACACCUCCCAGUCAGGAUUGUUCCUCACCUGGCAGGUGACCUGUAUACCCUGUUGAUGAUUUUUACAUCCCUAUAAAGAAAUGAGUAUAUCUCUGCAACCACAAGGUCUGUUUCUCGACAUUUAGUCAUUAUAAAGGGAGAUGUUAACCCUUUAAAGUUUACACUAAGAAAAAAGUUACAUUUUUCUUUUUUUUUGUUUUGGACAAUAAUAAAAAAAAUCUGUUUUUUUUUUAGCUAAUUGUUAAAAUAACAGUUAACAAUAUAGUAAUAAUAGUGAAAUGUUUCAAAUGUGAAACAGUAAUUAGGUGGCAAACACUUAUUUUUCACUACAUAAACCAAGUGAUAGAGAUGGUUCGGACAGGUUCACUUCCACAAAUUCUUCUACCAGAAGCACUCAGGCCAAGUCAUAGUAACCUUUUCCUACCAGUGAUUGUUGGCAUUAGUUUUUGAUUUAGAAGCUCUAAGAGUAAAAUUAUCCCUGCCUCCCCAUGAGCACAUCAUGACCUGGUGGUCACGUGACCAUGGUCAGCUUCUCUGUGAAACUGAACCAGCAUUGAAGUGUACAACUUGUUCUCAUAGUUUUAGUUUUAGGUUUCCUCUAUCGGUUUCUGAUAGAAAAUUAUCCAUAAUGUCAUUCAAGUAUAUUGAUCCCCUCAGUGUCGAGGCUACAAAACGAAAUGGGGCGGAGCUAGUGGCCGUAGGACUGAACGAAUGAGCUUACGUUGAUCCACCAUCGCGUUGUGAACGAGCUGCUAACAAGAAACAAGGAAAACUUCACAGAAUCCACCAACAGACGUUUGUUUACUGUAAGCGGACAUUUCAGGCUGAUUUUGGCAUAUAAACAAAAACAAUCAUAAGAUUUAAACAGCAACAUUAAAAUAAAAGCUUUCCUCACCAGUCACUAAAUGAUCUGAACAAACUCUCGAAGGACUCCAAGGUGUACCGUUAGCUGUGACACGCUUGGUAGCCGCUAGCCGGUUAUCAUGUUUCUGGGCUUUUUGUGUCUUUUCGGUGGUUGGAAGAACGAACUCUUGUUGUCUGUGGAACAACCAUGUUUAUGGCAGCCAACCCCAGCACAAGUUUUCUGCAUUUUCAAAGGAAACUACGAAAAUUAAAGAAAAAUCUGAGGACCGACGCUGAAAAUCCAAAGAUGUUACGUUUAGUAAGCUUUUCUUUUCAAAGACUGUAACAAAGUUCACCGACGUUCCCGAUGUUUGUUCCUGCCCUGCGUCUGUAAACAGUCCCUUCAAAAAUUCCUGGAUCCUAGUCGGUGAUCCAGAUCACCACCAAAAUCUAACCAGUUGUUCCUAAUUCCAUUUUGGAGAUUUCCUGAAAAUCCAUAGUAUUUUUUUAAGUUGCUAACAGACAGACGUGUGCAGCUGAAAACAUCCACGGCCUCUUCCAAACGGUACAACAGGCUGCUGGCGGGUUGAGAUGUGUAAAUACCAGUAUAUGUGUUACUGAAUGAAUCAGGAUGGCACGUAGUUCAAAUGGAAAAAGUUUCAGGCUAGCCUAAAAAAACUAAAGUUUUAGGAUGAGUCAGAGAACAAUAUGUGAACAUUAUUACUGCAAAGACCAGCUCUGAUUAACUAGAGAGGUUUUGGUACGGUUCAGACGAGGUCUCCAUCUGUUCUCAACAUCCUCCGAUAGGAAGACUUCAGGUUGUAAACAGUCGAUCAGCUCCUCUGUUUGUUCCCUCUCUGUGUGUUUAUGGUGGUUUGUUCCUUGUGUAUCAGCAGCAGACCGAGUUGUUGAAUUAUUUAGAAUAAUUUGGUUAAUAUUUCCCCUGCAGCGCCCGGAGCAAUGAGCGUCCCGAUAAUGUCCGAAUUUAUGUUUAAAACGUGUCGGAUCAAUAAAAAAAGAAACGUUCUCAGGAAAGAAAAGCAGCAGAAUCAGAGAUGCAGACGGAAUAUUUUUCUAACUCUUCUGGUAGUUUUAUAAAAACGUAUAAUGGUGAAUAUUUUCUCUUCCCGUCUGUAACCAGCUGCUGAAAUCUCCUCACUUCUUAAUUCAACUUUGUACUACAUUUUACUGGGAGUUUAUUUUUGGGACAAUAAAUGUGUUUUCUAAUUGUU